UUUAAGAACGAAUUGUUGUGCGCCCGUAGUUUCGAUUUCAGAAGCAGUUGCGGUCCACGAAAUUUGUGGUAAAAUACUGAUGUGAAUGUAGUCUGAUGGGCAAUAGUCCCAGCAAUAGCGACGACGAAGACGACGAGGAACAUAAAAAAAUGGAUGGUAAUAGUUCCGAUGGUGACGAUGCAGAUGAUAAUAAUAGCUUGAACCUGACAGAUUUGUCUGGGUUGUUUAAUCACACGAGUCUGCGAACACUGGCGGCCAACAUCAAGGAGGAAGUUCCAGAGAAUGUGCUGCAGCAGUAUAGGUUUCAGAUCCUCCGAUGGCUGGAGGACAGAGAAAACAAAUUAGAGGAAACAUUGACCAUAUCUCAGUUCUGUGACUGGCUCCAAAACAAGGGCGUGUCCCGGGAAGAAGCAGCAAGGACUUUCCAGCAGUUUGACACAGAUGGUAGUGGAGUGGUAGAGGUCAACACCAUGCUGACCAUUGUUAAAUCCAUGAAUGGUCAGAAUGUUAUGGGAGAACUAGGUCGGAGCAUCAGGAUGCUGCAGGCAUGCUCCCUCACUCCAGGAUUUGUUGAUGUGUAUGCAAAAGACCAUGAUGCUGUGCAGCAACAUGCGGAAAAAAUACUGAAGUAUCUGAUCCGGAACAGAUCUCCGAGUCUGAGUCUACCCUUUCCUUACCUGAACGGAUUCAAUAACACAGCUAGCAUGAGGAACUUAGUCCUCAAGUCGACAUUCCAGCAAAUGAAGGACAAAGGUUAUGGACAUGGACAAGGAAGUCUGGAGUCUGGGGAGGAAGUGAGGACAAUAAACCCCUGCUACAGUAACAUAGAAGUCUCCUCCAAUACGUCAGACGCCUACAGAUUGACAAAUGGAGACCCAAACACAUUUUGGCAGUCUGAUGGGUCAGCUCGGUCACACUGGAUCAGACUACAUAUAAAGAACAAUGUAGUGAUAAAGAACCUCAGUGCCACCGUUGCAUCGUCAGAUUCUAGUUAUAUGCCGGAGAUGAUUUCUGUGUCAGCUGGAAAAAACUUUCGCACCCUCAGGUCAAUUAAGGAAGUUACCAUUCCAAGUUAUGUUACAGGGGAUGUUACUCUGCUGCAGAACAUGAAACACUACUAUCCAAUUAUACAGAUAAACAUCAAGAGAUGUAGGAAUGAUGGCUGUGAUACACGAAUACAUGGAAUCAAAACAGUUGGUUAUAAAGUGAUUAGAGAGCUGGGUAUCAGUGUAGCUGAUGCCUCCGCCAUGUGGUACCUACAAGUUUUGGCUACCACUGUAACCAUGACGAUACCACUGGCUCCACAUUUGAGAACAGGAAUUCUGGAUCACACUAAAAAAGCCCUUGGCCACAUCCCUCCCCUGUCCCUGUGUCCAGUGAGUAGUGACAGGCCAAAGUUUCUGACCAAACACGUACUGCAAGAAGUGGAGAAGUUUGUUACUGAUAUAGCCUUAUAUGAUGGAGAGAUCCUUACUGAAGGCCUACAAGUUCUGUUGUCAUUUAACUUGGCCAGAGGAAAUGUAGGGGCUCUGUUGCGAACAGUCAAAUUACUGCAAGAAAAUCCUGAGACUUCCUUGCCGUGUGCAGACUUGCUACGACAGAUGCAGCAGGCAAGAGAUGCAUGCUGGGAAAAAAGUGGACACCAGCUGACCUUUACUUUGAGUGGUUCAGAUGGAGGUCAGAGUGAUGAGAAUACGGGGCCAGAAAAUGUCCUGAACCAUUCCUGGACAAUGCCUGUUCAGUUUUUUACAGCCUCAUACUUAACAAGUGAUGGCAAUACCAAGGUCAACAUGGUCUUCAAAUCGCCUGAAACCAUCCAACUGUCUAAGCUGCGGAUACGAGUUGCAUCAGGUGGCAAAGGGGCCCAAAGAGGAAUGGUGUUUGUUUUCAAAGAUGAUAGAUCCAAAUUUGAAAUGGCUAAAAUGACAGAGAGGUUUAAAUCAUAUGACACGUGGGGAAGACAGGAGUAUGACUACAGUGUACAAGUUAGAAAUACCGGUCUGGCUGGUAAAAAUGAUGACCCUGUGGCAUUUUUCUCUUUUGAUGAUGACUGUGAUGAGGUAGAUGUUCCUGUCAGCUGGCAUCCUACAGGGGAGUUCGUGUUAGUGAAAUUUGUGGACACGAGACAAGAGGCUACAAAGAUGGGCAUUGUUGGAAUAAAGUUUUAUGGCUUCAAUCGCAAACUCAAUCUUACUGGAGAAGAAUUAAAGACCUACCUGCCAUUAGAAGAUAAGAAAUCCGACUGUAGCAGUAUAGAAAUAAUCCAAACUACUUUACAGUUUCUAAUCGAUCUCUCACAAGACCAGGCAUCCAAAAUGAGACAUGGAAUAGCUGGCGGAAAACCGGAGUAUCUGGAGUUUUCUGAUACACCGCUAGAGGUCAUAUGGAGUUUGUACAGAUCAUUUAAUGACACUGAGAAGUGGCAGUCUUGUGCUCUAUUGACGUUAAAACUCCUUCAUUGUCUGCUGCCGGUGUUCACUUCUUUAACAGAGGAGCGCAAGAACUCCUCAGCAGAAUUUUUCCAACAUAUUUGUAAGAUAAUAGAUUCUCCCCAGAAUAAAGAGCAGCCUUCUAUACUGUAUGAACUGUGUCGUCAUUUGAUCAUCGAUGGUGCUGCGGUAUUUUUCCCUGACAAGGAGGCAAGAAGAGAACAGUUGUUUUCUAUGAUGCGUAAUGUAGAGAGCUUGUCCAAAGCCCAGUCCGUGAUGCUUGUUUUCCAGUCUUUGUGUCAGUUCUUUAGUUCUGUUGAUCCCAGUGGCCUUUUGGACCUACCAAAACCAAAUGCUCAAAAUUAUGAUAUUACGAAAGUGUUGAGGAUUAUGGAGACCAUGAUCUCGGUGUCGAGUCACGAGUUUACAGCAACACUGAAAACUGGAAAGAGCCAGGUUCAAGUGGAGCCGCUCCUGCAGCUGGUGAGUGCGCUACAGACAAGUCUGCUUGGCUGGUGCUGGGCUCAGAUUGUACCCGAGGAUGAUGGGAAGAAAGAGGUCAACAACUCAUGGAGGGAGAAAGCUCUUCAGAUGAUAUCCAAGUAUUCCGUGUUUGUGGCAAAGAAGGCUUCAGAAGCCUGCAAGUUACUACAGUCCUGUGAUAGUGUGCUUUCAUCAGUUGAGCUGCUGGAGAAUUCAUUUCUUGGAAGCACAGUCAGACAACUGGUGCUGAUCCUGAACUUCCUGUGUGAUAGUUGCUGCUCAGAGACGAGGAUUCAGCUGAUCAGGAGUUUCCAGUCCCUCUGUGAAGAUCUACAGCAUCUUUCAGAAAAAAUACCCAAACUAUUCCCUCCAAUCAGCAGUGAUCACUGGGCCAGUGUACAGACGGAGGACAUUGUUCUGAGAACUUGGGAGGUAGAAUCCUCCCACAAUUAUGAGAAUAACCAACAUCAAACUCAGGUGUUUACCUGCCCAGGUGCUAACAAAUUUGUUGUCGAUUUCGACCCGAGAUGUGAAACAGAGAGAAGGUAUGACUAUCUGGCCUUUAAUGAUGCUAAAGGAGUCCAAAUGAGGUUUGAUCAGAAAGUGGGAACCACCAAGUGGCCUAAACAAGUCAACUUUAGUGGGCCUCAUCUCCACUUCCUGUUUCACUCGGACAGCAGCAACACGGAAUGGGGAUAUAAAUUUAAAGUGACGGCACGAGGAAGUCCAGACAUCCCGCUAUCAUGGCCCUUUGACCUCCAGCUUAGUCUGACUAAACUAAUGGGUAGACUGUGUGGAGCCACUCUGAAAGCUAAUCCCUUUGCUGUGACAGACCAUCUGUUAGGGGGGGUGUCCUCGGAGCAGGAUGUCCUGAGGAGUGAGCUGUGGACCACCCUGUUCCGUGGGGGGUACAUGAUCGGGAGGCUGGAAAGAUCCUUAUCUGGAAAACUAGCCACAGCAGACAGCAGCGUGCUAGAAUUCCUCUGGAAUUUUCUCAACAAAGGAGAUGGGCUGCCCACUAAACUGAUCGAAAAAUGCAAGGAACAACAGAAAGGAGUGCAGAUAGAGCGAGGGGAUACAGACGAGGCGGUACUUGCGGUGUUUGCAGCGUUAGUGUGGCACACCCAACAGCUAAGAGAGGAUAUCCAAAAACUAGUUCUGAAUCCAGGGGAGGUCACUCCGUCGGAAGGAUUGCUUCUGGCCUACUCCACAGCUCAUUCUCUGAAGACCCAGUUGCUAUCUCAAAAGCAGAAGUUAGCCACAGAGAAAGCAGAAAAUGAAGAAGUGCAGGAUCCAGCUGUGGCAUGUAGAGAUAAAGCACUGUUUCUGCUGAAGUUUGGGGGACUUACUAAAGUGCAGUUAAGGAAUGAGAUUCGAUCUAAAGCUUCUAAACAAUGGAAGAAAGUAUUACAUAGGAGAGACAAACAGGGACGGUUUGAUGCCUUGGAAAAAUACCCCUCUUUUCGACUUGUGAUUGACUUUGUUCAGGACCCUGCAUGGAUUACAGAGAGAGUAAACAGCAUGUUACAGCAGCGGUCACAACAUGCCCGGGCAGUGGCCGAAGUCUACUCCUUCUGUGUCCAGUUCCUGCAAAUUCACCAUCAACCUGACAUCUUCCAGAUUCCGAAUGUGCUGUUUUUCCAAGAGUUGCUGUGGUAUCAGGAUGGAUUUUGUAAACACUACGCAGACAGUCUGGACGGGUGCGGCCUACAACAGGAAUCUGUCGUCAGGGAGUCCUUCUAUGCACUUAUCAGAAAACUUGCAGAUCCCUACCACAAAAACCGCAGGAUACAGAUGGAAAAGUGUGCAGUGCCAGCGUAUGAAUACAUUCAGGCCUGUUUACUCCAUCUUAUUGAUGUGGAAUGGCAGCCAUAUGACCUGUCAUUUGUGGAGGAGGUCAACUUACCUGCGCUUUAUUUAGGAAUAGCAAAAGAGACCGUGAAGAUGAGAGAGUGUACAUUUGGGCAGGAAGAGGAAGUAGAGGAACUCGUAGAAUACAACCGCUGCAUGAAGUGGUUCAACGAAUGCUCCGAGGGAUUCGACAAGUGGUACGAGAACGCCAAAAAAGACGAGUCCGACAAAGAAGAGAAGAAGGCAGUACAGAUGUUCGUAGCGCGAUUCUGUGAUCUGUUGGAGGUGGAGAUCACCUGUGAUGGGUGUAACGUAACUCUGCCCGGACGGAGGUUCCGAUGUUUACAGUGUGUGGAUAUGGACCUGUGUGCUACGUGUUACGCUGGCGGAGUUAAACCUGAGGGAGAACACACGGACGACCACGAUAUCGUACAUUUAGUAUACAAAUGUAACAAGUGCCAAGCCUUCAUUGUCGGAACGAGAAUCCACUGCAACGUCUGUGAGGAUUUUGAUUUGUGUUAUGGCUGUCAUGAAAAGGGAAGUUUUCCUCCAGAGCAUGAUUCCUCCCAUGACAUCUCCAAAUUUCCUUUAGUAAAGUUACGCACCUCUCAGGACUCGGAUUCUUUAAUCCAGGGCUACAUCCACCAGCACGUCUGGCUUCUGUUUACUAUUUUAUCCAUGUCAGCUGGUGAGAUCAUGAUGUCGUCUCACGUGGAUCUGGAUUACGUGAAGCUGGCGGCCCAGCUACAGAGUCAGUGUAUGCAGAUCAUUACACACUGCCUCAAACAAGUCCCAGAUGAUGCAGAAGAUAGUGGAAAGGUUCUUCAGCAGAGUGACAAGAGUCUACAGGCCAUAGAGAGCAGACAAAUAGAGGCCUUUGCCAUCCACACUCAAGAGAGAAUCAUGGGAUUGUUGGGAGCCAUGAUUCCCAGGGAUAAUGUGGUGAUGUCUUCAGGAAAUUUCAACUUUACAACUCAGGAUUUUAUUCAGUUAUUGUUUAGGAUAGCUAGGGGUGAAAGCGGACAUGAGGUGAACACCAGACAUUUAGCGAUGGGUCUGCUUGGACCGCUACUCAAUCGAUGUGAUACCGCAGUUGCUGAUCAAGCUGUGGUUCUAAAAGAAGAAGGAAGUGAUAAGAUUGCAGGACAACACUGUAUUAACUAUCUAUUCACCUUUGGGGCUGAUUGUUUGCAGAAGUGUGGCUUAGAGUGGGCGUGUUCUGUAUCCCGAAUCUUACAGAGCCUGUAUAGCUCAUCUGAAUGGAAGGCCGUUAUCCACCAUCACCUCAACGACUGUGUACAGAUGCUGACCAGUAAACCAGAUCUACCUUCAAUCUUUGCCCUCUUUGUGAUGGCAGGCUUCCCUGAGGUGUUAACCAUUGGGACCCUGGUCAACUUCACGCAGUACGCAGGUCUGGAAAGGAAGACAGGCGUAGUCCUCAAACAUUUCCCAGACAAAAACCAAACACUAGUUAUCGAAAUCAAGACCAGAAAAAGACAUACAAUAAUGGACAAGUAUGUGGACUGCGUGACUAGCAAUGAACAGAUUUGGGAUUCAACUUACAUUUCCGUCUUCUACAGAACAACUAAAACCAUCAUUGAAAGCAUCAAGGAAGAUUCUGAGGUGACUGUUGAGACUGCCUGGGUACUCUCCCUUUGUCUGAAGGUCCUUAGCAAUAGCCUGAAAAAUUCCUACCAACCAGUUAUACCUGAGUUAUACCAGUCUAGCUUUAUCCAGUGUUUGGUGUUUAUUGCCAGCAAGGGAACUGAGUUCAGCCAGCAGUGGUUUCUGAAAGACCUGGAGGUUCUGUCCCUCAUGCUGUACACUAAUCAGGGUGGCCUCUCCACCCCUGGCAUCAAGACCGAGAACCUGACUCUGUCCGAGAGACUGGCAGCGGCGCUGGAAAAGAGGUCACAAUCCAGGAGCGCCACCUAUAAUGGUCUCUUGGAUGAUGAGUCGGAUGAUAUUUUUAUGUCGUCAUCCUCUUCAUCUGAUACAUCAUCAGAUUCUGAUGAUGAAGAUUCUGAUGAUGUCACAGUGACAUCAGGAGCCAUGGCAAACAAAGGAGAAAAUGACAUCAACAAGGUGUUUGAGGACAUUGAUGAGAAGACCAGAGUUAUGUUUGAGACCCUCCACACCGAUCUGAAGCUGCCUUUGGAUGUCCUGAAGGCCAUUUAUGAGAUGAACGACAAGAGUCCAGAUGAUGUUGUUAAAGCCAUUGUAGAAAAUUUGGAGACAUCUCCAGCGACAGCUAAAGAUGAUCUAAAACGACUUAGUGAAAAAUGGGAAUCCAUUGCUCAUGCCAAGAGUCCAGAGGCUGCCAUAGAAACUGCUGCUUCUGAUAAAGUGAUCGACACGGGUAUACAUUAUCACCCUGCACUCAAUCAAAUAAACAGAGUGUUGGAGAAGGCAACAGCAGAAGACCACAUGGAAUCCCAAAAACUGAUCCCCACGCCCGACAACGACUCCGAAAGUGACAUGCAGAAAAAGGAACGCAGCAAGAGCAGUGAGCUCCUGAAACAGGAACUGGAGAAGCACGGGCGGACAUGUUGCCGUGACUACAUCCUGAAGGUCAACCUAGCCAUGUCUGUACUGUACGCUCGUCAGGUAUUGGCCAGUCUGCUGGCUCAGUGGCCGAACCAGGGACCAGUCAUUACAGCCGAGUUACUAGGAUGUAAGGACCCCCAGCAGAUCCCAUGUAUUUUAGAUCUACUGAACAAGACGGAAUGUAAAAGCAGAUUUCAGAAUGUUGUUGAGAAAGUAAUGCUAUACUGUGAGCCAAACAGUUUAGUGCCUAUCGCCAAGACCGCUGGUCAGUUUAUGGAGGAAGUUACUUUAUCGUCCAUUCUGAAGGAGAGUGACCACCACUACAAGGAAUCGUCAGCCUGCAAAGACUCGGUCCAACUCCCAGGGGCCUCCUGUCUCCGAAUAUCAUUUGACGGACGUUGUUCAUUGAAAGAGGGAGAUACAUUGGUCUAUUCCACAUCUUCAAAUAUGCAGCAAAAUGUCCACGAAUUUACGGGUUCUGCUGGUGCCAACUGGACCAGUUUCCAAAUACCAGGAGAUGUAGUUUACUUUGAGUUCACAGUGAAUUCUGGGGGAGGAAAUACUUCAUGGGGAUACAAGUUUACCGUUACCGCGGGAACCAGGGACAGUUUCCAGACAGGAUAUGUAAUACUCAGCAAUGUUCUCUCCACAGACCUGGCUCUAAAUCUGCACAUUAGUGAGUUAUGGUUGAUACUUGUGUAUGUGGUAACGAAACAAACGGGGGAGCAGAGGUUAAAAGGAAUUCAACUCCUGCUGAAGAUUCUAGAGACACAAAACAGGUGCCCCUCAGGAGGGAAACUGAAGCUGGACCUGGGUUGUCUGAAGCCACUGUGGCAGCUCUACGAUAGCUCCACCAAAGACCAGGUGGACAGUGGCUCCGUGGUGCCCCCUGUCAUCCGCGCUCUCACAGAACUCUUUCUGCAGGUGGAAGCCACUGCAAUGAACUGGGGAAUGACUCAGGAAUACCUUUUGGCCAUACAAGAUGUUGAUGAACUCAAACUGGCUGUACGUCAGGGAAUCAUGAAUGUGGCUGCUGUUAGUACCAUGAUUGGCUACAACAAUGCUGCAACAGAACUUAUAGCCCUAGUGAAAAAGAAGAAAAUGACCGAAAAAUAAUACAGACAAUUUACAGUCGUCCUUGUUAUAAUUUAUUGUAGACUUUUUUUCCUGUUGACGUGUUUAUUGUUUAUCAGUUCUGUAUUUGGUGCGUGUAUCUUGUCUCCCAUACAAACUUACAUGUGUGGAUUGAUGUGCCGAGUGUGAAGUGGAAAUGGAAAAUGACAAUGUGUGCUGCAAAUAGAUGGAGUUAAGUUACGGAAUCCUGGACUUGUCUUUCAUAGAGGCUCAUUGACUAGCUGCAGAGGUCAUAUCACUAAGUAUAUAAACAUGGACAAUAUAUAGAGUGUUUACACUGUAUGUCAGAGUAUUUAUUGUUUGUAGUAAAACAGACAGUGGAGAUUUCUCUACUUACCAAUUAUUAUUUUGAUGUUUGGACUUGCAUUUUUAUAACCAAGUCUGUGAAUAACAAGGGCAUGUCAAUAAGAAUUUUCUUUUCUUUUAAGUACACUGUAUUAAGAAAAUGCUUUGAAUUUUUAUAUCAUAUUGUAUACAGUCUCAGUGAACAGAGACGACAGACAGUGAAGGACAUUGUAACACUUUUGGGGGCUCAGUUUUGGAUGUGGAAUGCAUCACUGAAGUUAUUUGAAUCAUCGUGUGUCUACAGCUGGCUUUGGAGCAAGAUCACACUAAUGGUUCAGUUGAAAUUGACGCGACAAGAUGCGAGUAAAGAUUACUUUGCAUGCAUGUCUUCUUCCACAUGAUUGGGAAUGAUGAUGCAACAUCUGUUAUCAGUAUUACCAGUUAUUAACAUGCAGAACCAACAUACCUGGUACCUGUUGAUGAAAAUUUCAACAAGUUAGUAUGUUACUUGCAAUUUAGUCCGUGAGUCAGAAUUAAUUUUCAAGUUAGGUUAAGUUGUUUCUUUUUGUCUGAAAGUAAUCCUGAGUUAUAUGUAUGUUGUAUAUAAGUAUUCUGAUAAUUAUUUCGGAUUUUUUUUCACUGCAGUAUGUAUCAUGGUUCUUUCACUCAUAGUUAAGUGUUUAAACUAACAUAUUUCAAUGCGUUUCUCCGACUUGUAUGGUUAUUUGUUAUUUAUUAUAUUUGAAUAAUGUAAUAAUCAAUUUUUCAGUAAUAAAUAUAUGUGAUUGCA